UGUUUCCCCGAAGCGAGAGCACCGCGAAAGACUGAGCCUGAACUUGGCUAAGGAGACGAAACCAUCACGUUUAAGGAUGUAUCAUGACGUAGAGCUCAAACGUUUGGCCGCCGAGUUCGAUCGAGAUGACGUUUGGUCUCUUGUUGAGGAGAUGGGUCUUGAUGAGGAGACGAUUCGCAAUCUCCAAGGGAUACCGGGUUCCUCCAGCAUCACUGUUGAAACAUUUAUCCGGACGUGGAUGGAGCAACAUUCCGAAGGAAAAGAUGGUCUGGAGACAUUGGAUAUUCUUGAAGAUAAACUGACGAAGUUUAGAAUAAAGUCAACUGAAGCGGACAAAGAUGCUGAUGUAACCUCCGAUGACGCAAAGGGUGGAGAAAAAAGAGGGAAGAAAGGAUUCAAGCGAUGGGGUAUCUUAGUCUGUCUCUUCUUUGUUCCUUUCAUCGAGGUUGGAUCAAUAAGAACAUUGUCACUCAUCCUGGAUGACCUCACUCGUCAGUUUGGUGUCAGCACAUCAUAUAUAUCUGGUAUAUACGGCGUCGUGUCUGGUAUAUAUACUAUCCUAGCUUUUCUGAACACAUACCUGCUCCGAUGGUUCUCUGUUCGUCAGCUAACGAUGUUCGGUGGAGCUAUAUCAGCAGCAGGGCUCGCAUGUGCUUCCUUUACCCAAACGGUUCCUCAAGUUACUGCCGCUCUCAUAGCCUUCGGUGCUGGUUACAUCUUCAUCACUCUACCAACAUACACCUGUCUCAACAGCUACUUCUCCGAUCGGUUCGAAAUAGCUACUGGUAUCAUGACAUCAGGUGGAAGCACUGGAGUUAUGAUCAUGCCGUGGAUCUUUGAAAUCCUUCUUGACAUGUAUGGCUGGCGAGGUGCUAUCUUAUUACUGGGAGGAGUCAAUGCCCAUUACCUCGUUAUCGGAGCGAUGUUAGAGCCAGUUCGUACCAAACCACUUAGCACCAAGAAAAACUCAAAUGGGUCUACAACCCCAAAGAACGUUGAUUUUGAGGCACAUGAUAACAUCAGUUUCAAGCCUUAUUCAGAUGACGUCAAGGAAAGUAUAAACACGACGAUUCAGAGUGGUCAAGAGCUUGAGAUGGUUUGUCGAAAGGAUGAGGGCGCUGUUCAACGUCGUUCCCCUGCUGCUGAAAAUGAUGCUGCUGCCACCCUCGACGUUGCAACUGUAAUCUCCAAAGAGCCAGAUGAUGAAGUGGAAACAAGGAAUGCGGGCUGUCUUUGGAAGUGGCUCAGGAAAAUCAUCAACAUUUUGGGCCUUCGCAUCUUUGGAGAACGUCCCCUAAUGAUCGUUGUCUGCUUCCAGAUACUCCUCUUCUCUAUACCGUACGCUACUUGGCUUCUAUUUAACAUCCCCAAUGCCCAAGCCAAAGGCCUCACAGACCUCAGAUCCGCCCAGAUCUCACUCGCUGCUGGAUUUGCCAACUUCUUGGGCCGCUUCGCAAGUGGAUUCGUCUUCUCUAAAAAUAUUCUUCCAGUCGAAGUAUGGUACUUGCUUGCGAACAUCGUCACAGCAGCGGCGUUCUUCGUGAACUUCUUCGCCGAACAAUUUUGGUUUCUGACGAUUCUCGCAGUUGUGUUUGGUUUUAUGAUGGGUUUUAACAUCCCGACUAUGUUCGUUCUGAUGAAAAAUACGGCUGGGAAGGAGCGAUACAAAACUGGUUUAGCCUUGGUGCUUCUUUGUUAUGGGAUUGCAUUUCCACUCGCUGGUUUUGUUGCAGGAAAGAUCUAUGACAGAACACAGUCUUACAACGUUGCGUUCAGUAUUAUGGGCGGUUUAGCACUUGCUGCUGGUGUCGCCGUGAUUCUGCCGCUCCUGGGCUCAAGAUUCGGCAAGAUAUUGAAGAGAUGUUCAGGAGAUGUUCAUGUUCAUGUGCCUGAAAUUUGAUGGAUUUCCGCCUGCAGUUUGAAAGUGUCCACCCUUUAUUACGAAGGUGUUAUUUUUGAGCUCUCACCAUUACAUCUGUAAAAAUGCUACUUUUCACGUCUGGAACCAUUAUUUAAGGUAAUGGACUGAUCCUAAUACUAAUUCAACGAUUUGUGCAUCCUCUGACGCCUCUGAUAUAUGUUUUACGGCCUCAUGAAGAAAGCUUACGAAUUGAGAAGUAAAGGCCGUAAGCAACGGACUACCAGUACCAGUGCGUCGAGCCAACGCCCAUCAACGGUAGACCCAUUACACACUCAAACGCCAUGUACGCAGUCCGAUAACACGCCAGCUAUGGAGUCUUCGAUUGCUGACCUCCAAAAAUCUUUCAACGAGUUCUCAAAUCGGGCAUGUUCCAAACUUGAUACCAUUCACGCUGAUAUAUCUACAAUGAAGAAAUAAAUGUCAGAUUUAGAGGCGGUAGCUGAAAAUAACUCCGCCAGAAUGCUACUCAAGAAGGAGAAGUUACCACAAAUGGAAAAAAAAGUUGCAAAACGAAAUCGAUACAGAUCUUAAUACAAAGUUGUAUUACCACUGAUCUCGAAACAGAACCAUGCAAAAUUAAUAAUAAUGUGCUUAGCAUAGCUUUAAACUUACAUUGGAAACCUUUUCCUUGUAUCGUUUCCACUUUGCAAUUUUGUUAUGUAAUUUAGGAAAAGGUUUAGUUUGUCAUGUUGCACAAUUUAAUCGUUGGAGAAAAAUUUCCACUUGAUGAUAAACAUUUUUUUCUUCUUCUUCAAAACAACAUUUAUUUAAUAUUGAUCCGUCCAAAUAUGAGAUCGGCUGUGUCGUUGACUUCUCCAAUUUGUGUAUAAUUACUAAAAUUGUUGACAUUUGCUACAGGAAAGAAUUAUACAGGAUUAUGUAAUGUCGAAAAGAAUAUUUGAUUAGAAAUAGAUAUAAAUCUGUUUGAAUAAUUUGCAUGGACAAUUAUGUAAAAUUGAUCGGACUUAAUACAGGAAGGUUGUGUUGCUUACUUCAAUUUUUUUUUAUAUAACGGGUAACAUUUGCCACAGGAAAGAAUAUCGAUUAUGUAAUGUCAACCUAGUUUGGAAGGUCUCGUGUCUAUUUCUGUCAAAUUUUCAACAACAGUGUUGCAUUGUUUAUAUGCAAAUUCAUUUAUUGAAUAUUUACUAUGAAUUGGUCAGAUUUUAUAAAUUCAUCGUUAUUUUUGUCUUCUCUUAUUCAGAGAAGAAAUCUAACCCUUCUAAAGAAAUGACCAUAAAUUCGAUAAUGUCAAUUGCAUUGAAUAUAAAACGUUGGUUUAUCUGUUAU